AACACAUCACUGCGGUUUCCAUAGUCAAUCAAGUGAUAGAAGAAGAGCCGUGGUUCCCAAAGGAAGAUUUGAGACCAUUAAUUUAUAAUGCGAUUGCGUCUAUAAAAAAUCUGCAUGAAGAGAGUAUACGAAACUCAAUGAGAUUCCGUUUAAGUUUGAUGACGCUUUCGAAGGGGUGUGUAGCCUUCGAGAUAUUGAUUUGGCGAGACAGAACGAAGAGGCGUCCAUUGAGGAGAUUGAACGAAACUAAGUUGAAUCUUGAGAUUCAGAAGCCAGUCAAGUAUUUAGUAGCGAGUCAGAAAUUAUACGGCGGUAUGGAGGGGUCAACUCCUCUUCGUAUCAGAGAUGUGUGUAAUGAGUUUGUGAUGAGUUAUAAUAAUAUCAUGUAUGAUGAGGUAACUAUUGAAUUCUCACACGGAAGUUGGAUUGAAUCGGAAGAAAUCUUAGAAAUUGUUUGGAGGAAUCCAGCGUUUGGAGAGAAGUUCGCAAAAUCUCAAAGUGAAGGGACAUAUGUAACGGAUAUUAUAGUCCCUGUAGUGAAAGCUUCAUUAAAAAAACUACCAAUAAAGAGUUUCGCCUUCGUUAGCACGGCGGAACGACAGAGUAUAGCAAGUAAAGAUCGAAGGGAAAAGACUGGCAAGCGCCCCGAUAUUAUGUUCAUGAAGGAAGAAAAUGAUUGGGUGAAGUUAUGGAGAGAAAUGAAUGACGGCAUGUAUUGGGUGCAUAAAGGUUGCAAGCCAAAAAAAGACGAAUUCGGGAUACAAGUUGCCGGACAAAAGCUCCACCUGUACUCGGGAUGA